AUGAAGCCGCCCAAGAUGGAGCGGAAGUGCACCGUCACGCUGAACGAGUCCUUUGCUCGCGACGACAUCGUGUUGAACCUCGACCUCUUCGAUAGCGACAUCAAACCCGGCAUGCUAGUGUCACUUGACAUUCUGAGGGAUGUUGACCGGCCUGCACUAGGUGGAACUCAGAAGGCAGCGCCGCAAGACAAGAGCAGACAGGGAUCCACGGCAGAUGGACAAGCGAAGAAUGAAGCCACGAGGCGCUACUACUUCAUCGUGAAGGAUAUGCCCAAGGAGCUCAAGGCCAGGUUCCCCACUGUGGAACUAUACAUUGCGAAGGCGGUAGCAGAUGCGUUUGGCAUGAAAAAGGGGUCGCAAGUCCUUCUGGCACCAGUCAAUGCAGAGAAUCCGGCGGUUGCAGCCUCACACGUUGAGCUGUCGUUUAAAGAUCAAUAUUUGUCGAGAGCCGACAUGUGGAGGAUUGCUGUCGGAGAGCUGGCAGAUCGCACAGUAUAUAAGGGCCAGCCAAUGCUGUUCAUGGGCACAGUGAAAGCGCAGAUUACGGCAGUAUUUGUCGACGGAAAGAAGGUACAAUCGGCAUUCUUCGGGAGAGACACUCGGCCAAUCUUCCGUAGUGAGUCGGCACGUUAUGUGCUGUUCAUUCAAAUGGCCCUGGAGAUGUGGGACUUUGACUCUGAUGGCUCAGGAGAGAUCAUGUUCAACAAAGUCGUCAAUGGCUUCUUACCAGCCCUUUUCAAGAAAUGGGCUGCCCUGAAGGUAAAACACCUUGUCAGCAUCGUUCUCUUCGCACGUGUCGAGUACGAUGCAGGGUUGACUACUGAGCUGAGUAACGCAGCUAUCCACAACGAUUACUAUACCGGAGUUCAGACAUCGGGCGAGAGGCGUCCGUACAAGGACUUUUAUCGCGUUGUGGUCAGUGAGAUGGCCAGUGGUGAAUGGACCAAAAUUCUUUACCAGUUAAAACGGGAGUUCAACUACUUUCGACGAGAUAUAAGUCUCUACCACCUUCAAGCUAUGAACUUGAAUGCCAUAACAGAUGAUGAUGCCAGUGGGAAAGGUGCCCCAGCAACUCGUCUCAAGGCCGAAUCUUCGAGAGCUAUAGAUUUGAUGCGCACUGGUAUAUCAGUUGUGGUGAUCACCCCUGGUGCUGGAGUAUUUGAAGUCGAGUACGAAACUCUUCGAAGAACAACAGAAGCACUGGUUGGGAACGGGAUUGGUAUCGAUCUAGUCUGCGUGCCCAAGAUUCCAUUGCAUUCUGUCCCCUUGUUCCGCUAUCGAAACCCUGACGGCCAUCACUCCUCCAAGUCGAAAUCGGCGCUUGGGCCCGGAACGCCUUCUCUCCCAAUAAAGGGAGCGAUACUUCAGGACGUCUUGAUCCUGGGUCAUUAG